AUGAUGUUUGUGACGGGUGCGAGGAGUGCCUGGAACGAGGAUCACAUCCUGUCCAGACUACCCCCUCGACUCCAAGAGAGGGUCUUAGAGCACGUCCACAGAGACGCUGUGCUCAUCAUCCCGAUCCUCAAGACGCGACCACCGAGUUUUGUGUCUGCGAUCCUCAAGAACCUUCGGCCGAGACAGUACUCACAGGGAGAAGUAGUCUUCCAAAGCCUACACAUGAGUCAGGGGGUGUACUUCGUCACAAAAGGGAUCGCCGAGGCUUACGUCAGAGUCACGGGCGGCGCCGGGUCGGAGGAAGAGAAGGUCAAGGGGAUCGUGUCCACCGGAAAGUUCUUCGGCUACACCAGGUUCCUCGCGUCGUUCCUUGAGGAGGACAUGGCGGUCAAGGCGUUCACGCAACUCUAUGUAUACCUGCUGUCCAACAGCAGCAUCCGUUACCUCCUGCAGUACCACCCCUUUCUCGCAGAAGAGUUGAGGAUGGGUCUGGAAGAAGCCAUUUUCCAGCAAGCCAGGUUCAUCGCGCCAAACCGAUUCCUUUACUCUCUCGGCCGGAAAGGCAGGAAGGCAAACCCUUGCUCGAGUGACGGCGGCGGAGAUGGCGGCGGCGGCGGCGGCAUGUUCCAUGAGCGCCGAACGACCGCUCUCGCCUCCUACCUCCGUGAAGAAAGUGUUCGGGUUGAGGGAGGGACAGGAGCAAGAACACCAAUCGCCGGCCCCGACACGAGCCGAAUACGACGGGCGAGUGAUAGGCCAGAGGAAGUGGGGAAAGAAGGCGACGACGAUAACGGUACGAACGAGAAGAGGGCAGGGGACGACGCGCCGCGGAGAUUGAGAUACCGUCAGAGCGGAGACGGCGGCGGUGGCGGUGGUCAAGGAGAGGUGCCCUCGGAUAGCGGGGAGGAGGACUCCCUAACGAUGCCGGGGUUGGGCGGCGUUAUUGUGACGCAGCUCACGUGGGGGGCCGGCAGCGGUGCUUGGGACGCCGCACUGAAGGAUGCGGCGAGGGACGCGGCGGCAGAAGGGACUGGCGCAGCAACAGCAGCAGCAGCAGCAGUAGGUGCGGUAUCAACAGCAAUAGAAACGGACAGAGGCACCACUUCUGUCGCCCUGCCAGGAAACGCAGACGUACACGGCGAUGACGACCUCGGAACGCCAGCCACGCCGCUGGUAGACGAAGACUGGGGCUCAUCAGAUGCGGAGAGGAGGGGGGGCUCGGAGCGGGGUACGGUGCAGACGUUAGACCAGUCAGGAGAAGAAGAGGCAGAGGGACACCGUGGUGACGGUAACACGCGAAGGUCUACCUUUACGGAGGUGCGUAUGUGA